CAAGAUUUGUCUUUGGUUUUGGCAAGCAAGAAAAAAGUGUCGCGAAGAGGGACUACCGCUUCCUUCAGUACAAGAUGAAAAAACUAUUUCUCAUCCUUAUCGUGGCAAUAUUUUUUGCUGAAUGUCUCGGUGGUCACUACAAAAUUGUUAAAGUGAAAGGACAUGGAAAAGCAACCAGUGGAAAAGUCGCUGUGAAACCUCCUGUGAAAUCUCCUGGAAAAUCCGCGGAAAAAUCAAAUGAGGGUGGGUCACCACGACUUCUUUUUAGCACCGGCGCCUUACAAGCUUUGAUAAAUAUAAAACGGGCGCUCACAACCAGCACCACCGUCGCACCGACUCUUGUUGGUACUCUGACAGGACAAAUUACAGGAACAGGAACCGGAGGUGCAACAAGUCCUACUUCGCCUACCUACCCCACCUCACCUACGAGUCCAACCUACACAUCCCCCACAGACACAGGAACAGGAUCUCCAACAGCAACAGGAACUCUAACAGGAACUGCAACAGGUACAGGAACGGGAACUGCGACCAACACUGGUGCCGGAACCGGUACUGGUGGCACUGGUGGAACUGGUGGGACUGGUGGAACUGGUGGAACUGGUGGAACUGGUGGAACUGGUGGAGCUGGUGGUCAGGGUCGUCGCCGUUUACGACCUUUGAGACGUAGGGGGAUUAGGCGCAGACUUGGUUUAGCCAGAUCUAACAAUAAAAAAUCAACAACAAAAUACGUCGAUAUGAAGAAGAAAAGUACCAAAAGCAGGAAGCCUCGAAUUUCCAAAAAGAAGCAAGAAAAGAAAAACUAAAGUUAUUUAAAUUAAGAA